CUGAAACUGAAAGCGUUAAAUGACAAGACAACCUCAGCGUACGAGCACAAUGUAUUUCCCUCAGAUCACGGCGAAUGAAGAGGGGGCCGGUGUUUUUCAGGAGGGUGUAGUUUCACAUUUCACAGGCAGCGGGAAGCAUUACGAGUGGCAGCUCUGCGUUGGUCAUCAGUGGCUGAGAAUAGACAACGACCAUGUGAUCGAGACUCACUACUGCCAGCCAGGAGCAAAGGGGAUCACAAUCAACACCAGCCACGGGCAGGUGUUCAUAGACUUCGAUACGCUACAGAGCCUUGAUGCGGCUCUGAAGGUGCAGAGGUUAAGCUUCCUGUCUCACGGCCAGACGGAGGACAUAGGCUGGUACUACAGAGACGACCAGCUGUGGUGUGAAUAUGGGUCCCAGGGCUCCGGCAGGUUGUCCUCAUCACUCAGCAGCGCAGACAUUGAACGUCACUUCACGCUGCAACCUCAGGGAACUCUCAGAUUCACAGUGGGCUCUACGAGCUACUCGCUUGACUUCUCCACCAUGACCCAAACGAACCUCACCACCGGCUUGCAGAGGAAUGUGCGCAGGCGUCCGAAAUUUACCUCCAGCACUGGAAGCGUACACUCCACCUCAGUCCCAGGUGAGUUCAUGGGAGACGAAGGGGAAUGGAUUGAAUACCAACCACAUGUAUGUUCACUCGACAGCGCUGCCAUCGAGACACAGCACCAGCUCAACCCUCAGGGCCAGCUGCACUUUAACGUCAACAACAGAUACUCAUACACGCUGGAUUUUUCAAGAAUGUGCCAAAUCAAUAACAAGAUCGGGACUAGAAGGGCAGUGAGGAGGAUUCAGCAAAACAGUUCAGGCACGGUGCCACGAUGGCAGUUCCAAGACGUCGAUGGAGUCUGGAAGGAUUAUUCUAAAGGGUUUCGUCAGUGCAGCUCUUCCAGUCAGGACAUUGAGCUCCAGUACCAGCUGAACCCAUCAGGCACCAUGACGUUUACCACCAACAACUUCAGCUACGAGAUAAACUUCACAGCCAUGACUCAGAGGAACCGGUCCACAAACACCACCAGACCGGUGAGAAGACUUAACCAGUGACGACAACAGAUUUAAAGGUCAGGGGUCCACUUCAUGUCGAUCACUGCCUGCCUCAGGUUAUAAACACACUGGACAGAGUUUUUUAAAUAUAAGAUAUAUAAAGAUCCCUCUA